AUGUCGCGAUACCUCGCUCCGUCCAAAAUCGGCCUGCUAGCGCUUGUCGAGCUAUACAUUGAAGGGGCAGUUCCCAACGAUGCCAUCACUCCGGUUAUCAAUUUUCUCAUAUCCCACCUGCUUGACUGCAGCCUAACGGGCGCCUCGGCCUCUCCCGCUGAGCGUUGGAGGGAAGCGGAAAACACCAUUCGACUCGUCGUGUCGGUUCAGCACUUUGAGGAACUGCUGGCGCCUUUCGCUGCGGUCGACCGCCUACCCGGACGGAGUCUGUGGGACAGGUUUCUAGAGAAGCUCUGGGGGAUCGACUCGCUGCAUACGCUGCACGAGUUUUUCGACCAGCUCCCGGGCCACCUGGCGCGAACCAAGACCGAGCUGCGUGAACUGACCGCUCGCGGCGAGGAGCCUCCGUCCGGCGUUUUGCUCACGCGCAAUUCUCCCUUUGGCGUCUUUGUCAGGAAAUCGCACCUCGAGUACACAAGAUUGCACUUCGACCAUGUGGCCGAACUUUGGAAGAUGUUCGUCAAGUACCGUCAGUCAACGGCUGGGUACUGGAGACGCCGAAACCCUCACCAUAGCCGGCUCAGUUUUGACUCGGUGCUCCUGGAAGGCGAGCAUGAAUGGGGGCGGCAGACGGAUGGCAUCGCCGUGGCGGCCUACGGAAAUAUGCUGCUCAUGGACGGCCAAGAUCCCGAACUACCAGUCAGCACCGACGAUAUUGAGAGUCUACUAGAGUUUCAGAUCGAGCAGGUGCAAAAAUACGGAACUAGAGUACCACCAAAGAUCAGAGAGCAGUUUCAGAGACUUCUAAAAAGUAGCCGGGUCGUCCCAAGCUUGUCACAUUACCUCAACUUCUCCGACUCGUGGCGGUCGGGCGAGUUCCCGGCGGCCUUCGACCAGCUCCACCGGUAUUUCGAUUACACCAUGCAGAACCGGGACCGGUUGUUUUAUCAAUACGCGCUGCUAAACUUGGGGAUCGUGCAGUCAGAUUUUGGCUGCCACAAGGAGGCUGUGGCGACCAUGCUCGAAGCCAUUUCAACUGCGAAGGAAAAUCGGGACACUACGUGCCUCAACUUUGCGUUAAACUGGUUUUUCCACUUCGGCAGAGCUCACCCGAACCUCGUCAAGGAACUCGAGGAUAACAGCAUGCUCGGGAGUGGCAAGGAGUUGUUGGCAUUCCUCCGCGCAAAGGCUAAGGAGACAGGCAUGUGGAUACUCUGGAGCUCGGCGCUGUUGAGUGAGGCCAAACUGGGGCUAUCAAAUGGCGAGAGCAUCUCGGUUGCCGUCGAGAGCAUGGUACGAAGCUCCCAAGUCAUUGUGGAGAAAAAUGUCAAGGCGAUGAUGGGUCCCCAGCUCUCCAUGGGGAUUGCCUUGUGGGACAGGCUCGGUAUGACGGUCAUGUCGAACAUGACGUGCGAGGUCUUCCUACGUUGCUAUGUUCACAGUUCCGUAUUUGACGACGAGCUGAAGCUCACUUGCCGCAUGGCGGGCAUGCUUGCCGGAAAGGGGCAAUACGAGAAAGCAUACGCAAAACUCGAGAGCAUAGACACCAACUCGCUCCGAUCCGCGAAACCCGACCAAUACUGGCACCUCUACCGCGGCCUCCUCAAACUGCGCCGAGACCUUCACCACAACAACCUCGACUCCGCCGAGGCCCUACUCUCCCAGCUCCUCCAGAACACCUCCGAAGAUAUCGAAUCUGAUAUAAUCUUCAUCAUCGACACCCUUCACAUCGAGGCCCUCAUCCGCCGCAACGACUUCGACGCCGCCUUCACCAAGGCCGACCGGCUCAUCUCCGAACUCCGCGAAAGCGACCGGGACUCGUCUCUGCGCAUCCGGCUGCUGCUCAUCAAAGUCCAGCUGUUCGACCGCAUCGGCCGGCCCGAGAAGGGCUUCACGCUCGCGAUGCGGGCGGCGAGCAUGGCGUGGCGGGCGCGGCUCCUCGGGCAGCUCUGGCAGGCCGUCGGCGCCCUGGCCAACAUCCUCAACGCGCUCGGCGAGUUCGCCGCCGCCGACCGCCUGCUCGUCGCCGUCCUCCCGCGCUGUCUCGAGACCGACGUCGCUUACGCGGCGGGGAAUCUGUAUAACCUACUGGGUGAUGCGAGGGCGGGGUUGGUGGGGGAGAUGAAGCGGGGGCGCGGUGGGGGGUUGUUGGAGGAGAGGGGCAGGGUGGUGAUAGUGGCGCACGAGGCGCUGGACGAGGCGUUUCGGUGCUAUGAGGCGGUGGAGGAUGCGGUUGGGAGAUGUGAGGUGAUGGCUAAGAAGGCGACGCUUUACAGGGUGGAGGGAGAUCUUGCCAGGGCAGAUGAGUGUGCGGAUACGUAUUUGAGGUUGCGGGAUGAAGAGGUAGCUAGGAAAGGGUGA